AUGGUCAAUCUUACAAUCCUCGCUGGCGGGUUCUCGAUUCCGGGUUUCAUUGCCACUUACAACUUCACCUCCGAUGCCAAUACUCUGACUCUCGUGGGCCAGAGUCCAUCCGGAAAUAGUCCCUCAUGGAUUGCUUCACAUCCUAACGAUUCCACGAUCAUCUAUGCUGUCAACGAGAUCUCCCCUGUUGGCAAUCUGCAAUCAUUCACGGUAGAUUCCAAUGGAGCAGUGUCCCUUGUAGACACGGUGUCGACCGGUGGAAACGGACCUACCUUCACAAACAUGCUCUCGACCGGAGAGGUCUCUGCAAUGAACUUCGGAUCCCCGAAUUGUUCAUUCGUUCCCACCUUGCCUAAUGAUCCCACCCGUUUUGACAAGGAUUCUCCGUCCGUGUUGUCGUUCCCUGUCGCAGAUGGUGGACUCUCAAACCCGCACAUGUCCCUCGAACACAAUGGCGAAAUACUCGUUCCAGAUCUCGGUGGCGACAGAAUUUGGCGUGUGGUCCGCGAUGAUGCACCAGGCAAGUUUAAAGUCCAGGGUCAGAUCAACAUUGAUGCAGGAGCUGGUCCACGACACAUCGCUAUUCAGGAUGACGUCCUGCUCACACUCCAUGAAAAGACCUCGACGUUGACGGCUCAACUCAUCCCACCCGCGCCCAACGGAACCACUUUCCCGCUCAUCGCCAACGUAUCCAUCAUCCCACCGAACCCUUUGAAUGGUACCAAAUUUGCCGCUGCCGAGAUCCUCGUCUCUUCAGCCUCCUCAAAGUUUCCUAACCCACUCAUCUAUGUCAGCAACCGUAACAUCGGUGAAACUAUCGACCCAGAAGGGGACACCAUCGCGAUUUUUGAGUUCAAUGCGAAUGCGGCCCGCAACUCCACGGCGACGAAUCUCGGCAGACGUAUAAUCAAGAGGAGCAAAUGGUCACGACAGGAAGAUGAAAGUCCCAGUUCCAGUGACGGCCCUCUCACUCUGCUGGCUCAAGUACCCACCGGCCUGCAGCAAAUCCGUUCCAUGAGCUUGGGAAAAGUUGAGAAUGGUGGAGAUGAGUAUAUUAUUGCUGGCGCCAACACGGAAGGUGGUGUCGCUAUGUUCCAGAGAGUUGAUGGAGGAAGGAACCUGACACUCGUGGCGAGGAACGAGGACAUUGCUAACAGAACCAGCUUUGUGUUCUUGUAA